UCCGUGCAGCCUAUUCUCCCGCCUUCAUUUCCCAUCGUGCUGAGGUGGGUGGCAUGGCGGAGAAGGAUGACACCGGAGUUUGACGAAGAGGUGGUUUUUGAGAAUUCUCCACUUUACCAGUACUUACAGGACCUGGGACACACAGACUUUGAAAUAUGUUCUUUUUUGUCACCAAAAACAGAAAAAUGCACAACGACAGAGGGACAACAAAGGACUCCUACAAGAAUCCUGCCGAAACGAAGCUUCCUGUUAAAAGUGGCUCAAACCGUCAAAAAUUGGAUUUUUUUUUCUCAGUGCAAUGAGAGCGAUGACUUACUUCACAAGUUGGAUAUUGGAUUCCGACUCGACUCACUACAUACCAUCCUGCAACAGGAAGUCUUGGUACAAGAGGAUGUGGAGCUGAUUGAGCUGCUUGAUCCCAGUAUCCUGUCUGCAGGGCAACCUCCACAACAGGAAAAUGGACACCUUCCAACACUUUGCUCCCUGGCAGCUCCCAAUAUUUGGGAUGUCUCAAUGCUAUUUGCCUUCAUUAGUUUGCUCAUUAUGCUUCCCACUUGGUGGACAUUAUCUUCCUGGCUGGUGUGGGGAGUGAUUCUGUUUGUUUAUCUGAUCAUAAGAGCUUUGAGAUUAUGGAGAACAGCCAAACUACAAAUGACCCUAAAAAAAUACAAUAUCCGUUUGGAAGAUAUGGCAGCAAAUAGCCGGGCUUUUACUAACCUUGUAAGAAAAGCUUUACGUCUCAUUCAAGAAACUGAAGUCAUUUCCAGAGGAUUUACACUGGUCAGUGCUGCUUGCCCAUUUAAUAAAGCUGGACAGCAUCCCAGUCAGCAUCUCAUCGGUCUUCGGAAAGCUGUCUACAGAACUGUAAGAGCCAACUUUCAAGGAGCAAGGCUAGCUACCCUAUAUAUGCUGAAAAACUACCCCCUGAACUCUGAGAGUGACAAUAUAACCAACUACAUCUGUGUGGUGCCUUUUAAGGAGCUGGGCCUUGGACUUAGUGAAGAGCAGAUUUCAGAAGAGGAAGCACAUAACCUUACGGAUGGCUUCAGCCUGCCUGCUUUGAAGGUUUUGUUCCAACUCUGGGUGGCACAGAGUUCAGAGUUCUUCAGACGGUUAGCCCUGUUACUUUCUACAGCCAAUUCACCUCCUAGGCUCUUGCUUACUCCAACACUUUUGUCUCAUCGUAUUUUGUCUGAUGUGACUCAAGGUCUACCUCAUGCGCAUGCUGCCUGUUUGGAAGAGCUUAAGCGCAGCUAUGAGUUCUAUAGGUACUUUGAAACUCAGCACCAGUCAGUACCACAGCGCUUAUCCAAAACUCAACAGAAAUCAAGAGAACUGAGUAAUGUUCACACAGCGGUACGCAGCUUGCAGCUCCAUCUGAAAGCAUUACUGAAUGAGGUAAUAAUUCUUGAGGAUGAACUUGAAAAGCUUGUUUGUGCCAAAGAAACACAAGAACUAGUAUCAGAGGCUUAUCAAAUCCUAGAACAAAAAUUAAAGUUGAUUCAGCCCCAUGUUCAAGCAAGCAACAAUUGCUGGGAAGAAGCUAUUUCGCAGGUGGAUAAACUGCGAAGAAAUACAGAUAAAAAAGGCAAGCCUGAAGUAGCGUGUGAAAACCCACAUUGUACUGUGGUACCUUUGAUGCAGCCUACUGUACACAUUGUAGACAGAGAUCCAAUCCCUGAAGAACAGGAAUUAGAAGCUUAUGUAGAUGACAUAGAUAUGGACAAUGAUUUCAGAAAAGAUGAUUUUUAUUACUUAUCUCAAGAAGACAAAGAGAGACAGAGGCGUGAGCAUGAAGAAUCCAAGAGAGUACUUCAAGAAUUAAAAUCUGUGCUGGGAUUUAAAGCUUCAGAGGUAGAAAGGCAGAAGUGGAAGCAACUUUUAUUUAGUGAUCAUGCUGUGUUGAAAUCCUUGUCUCCUGUAGACCCAAUGGAACCCAUAAGUAAUUCAGAACCAUCAGUGAAUUCAGAUAUGGGAAAAGUCAGUAAAAAUGAUACUGAAGAGGAAAAUAGUAAACCCUCCACAACUGACAAUGAAAUAAGUAGGACUCAGUUUUUAUGUGAAAACCCUCAAAAGGGUAAAGAUAAAGACAGUUCUUCAAAUGAAGUCUUCCUCCAAGGAGCUGAGGAAAGAAUGUGUUACCAAUGUGAGAGUGGAGAUGAAUCUCAGCAGGCAGAUGAAGGUGGCCUGUCCACUGCCCCUCCAACUCCCAGGGACUCCUUACAGCCCUCCCUUAAGCAGAGGCUGGCACGGCUGCAGCUGUCACCAGAUUUUACCUUCACUGCUGGCCUUGCUGCAGAAGUGGCUGCUAGAUCUCUCUCCUUCACCACCAUGCAAGAACAGACUUUUGGCGAUGAAGAAGAGGAACAAACAGUAGAAGAAAAUGAAAAUGGCGGAGAAGAAAGAACCGAGAUUCACAUGAAGUGAUUGUAGAUUGUUCAAAAGUGUUUUAGCUUCAAAACUGGAAAGGGAAAAUGAGUGUAAGUUUACUAUAUAUGAAGCUAAAUUGUGAGUUUACAGCAAGAACCCUGGUUUGAAAAACUGAUCUGAAAAUUAGUACUUACCUGUAAAUGGCAGAUCUUUUAGGAAAAUAAGAGAAGGUAAGGGCUCUUUUGAAUAAACUACAGUUUUAUUUGCGACGUGUCUGAUCAAUCUUGGAAAUUCUUUAAGUACUUUUAAUAAGAAAUGAAUUUAUCAUUUCUUGCCAGAAUUUACUACCCUAAGGUGACUGGGAUAAUUGCAAGAACAUUAACAUUUAGUAUGACUCCUUUUUACUGUAUUCUUGCAGUUAAUAACUGCAGCUAUUAUGUUAAUAAUAAGUUGUUUGUAUUUUAUUUUUGUUUAUACCAGUCUUAAAGCAAAGAUACAGGUUCUGAAUAAAAAAUAUUAAUUCAUACAA